GAGGCGAUAUAUACUGAGGACGCACGCUAGCGAGCAUCACUUCACUGGAAGAGCAAAAAGAAAUAACUAUCGUCUACGAGAAAGGAAAAGCGCCGGUUCCGUGUGUAAGGCCUGUCGACCGUUCACCAAUAUCAACAGAUAAGGCUUUUCUUCAACCUUUAGAAGAGAAGGAACGUCGUGAUGAAGCUUUUGUGGGGGUUACUCGUGGUGGCCGGUGUCAUAGCCGUGUUUGCCGAUGACGACGACAAGAAAGAAAAUGUCGGGACUGUGGUUGGAAUUGAUCUGGGCACCACGUACUCAUGCGUCGGUGUGUUCAAGAAUGGACGUGUGGAGAUCAUUGCCAACGACCAAGGAAACCGCAUCACCCCAUCAUAUGUUGCCUUCACCAGUGAGGGCGAGCGUCUGAUUGGUGAUGCUGCCAAGAACCAGCUGACCUCCAACCCUGAGAACACUGUCUUUGAUGCCAAGAGGCUGAUCGGUCGCGUUUGGGGUGACUCUUCGGUCCAGCAGGACAUCCGCUACCUGCCGUUCAAGAUCACGGAGAAGAAGAGCAAGCCUCAUAUCCAGGUUGAUAUUGGUGGUGGUAACAUGAAGACAUUCGCCCCUGAGGAGAUCUCUGCCAUGGUGCUGACCAAGAUGAAGGAGACGGCUGAAGCUUAUUUGGGCAAGAAGGUUACACACGCUGUAGUCACUGUCCCUGCCUACUUCAAUGAUGCUCAGCGCCAGGCCACCAAAGAUGCUGGAACCAUCGCUGGCCUCAAUGUGAUGAGAAUCAUCAAUGAACCAACUGCUGCUGCUAUCGCUUAUGGCCUGGACAAGAAGGAUGGCGAGAAGAACAUCCUCGUUUUUGACCUUGGUGGUGGCACCUUCGAUGUCUCUCUGUUGACCAUUGACAACGGCGUGUUUGAAGUUGUGGCCACAAAUGGUGACACUCACCUGGGAGGUGAAGACUUUGACCAGCGAGUCAUGGAGCACUUCAUCAAGCUGUACAAGAAGAAGACAGGCAAAGAUGUGCGCAAAGAUAACCGCGCUGUGCAGAAGCUGCGUCGUGAGGUGGAGAAGGCAAAGAGGGCGCUGUCUGCCCAGCAUCAGGCCCGCAUUGAGAUCGAAUCUUUCUUCGAGGGAGAGGACUUCUCUGAGACCCUGACCCGUGCUAAAUUUGAGGAGCUGAACAUGGAUCUGUUCCGGUCCACCAUGAAGCCUGUGCAGAAAGUGCUGGAAGAUUCUGACUUGAAGAAGUCCGAGAUCGAUGAAAUUGUUCUGGUCGGAGGCUCAACUCGUAUUCCGAAGAUCCAGCAGCUGGUGAAGGAGUUCUUCAAUGGCAAAGAACCAUCAAGAGGCAUCAACCCUGAUGAAGCUGUGGCUUAUGGUGCUGCAGUGCAGGCUGGAGUGCUUUCUGGAGAAGAGGAUACUGGGGAUGUGGUUCUCCUGGAUGUGUGCCCUCUGACCCUUGGAAUUGAGACUGUUGGAGGAGUAAUGACCAAGCUGAUCCCCAGGAACACUGUGGUGCCAACAAAGAAAUCCCAGAUCUUCUCCACAGCUUCUGAUAACCAGCCUACUGUUACCAUCAAGGUUUAUGAAGGCGAGCGUCCCCUGACUAAAGACAACCAUUUGCUGGGAACCUUUGACCUUACUGGCAUUCCUCCUGCACCCCGUGGUGUACCCCAGAUUGAGGUCACCUUUGAGAUUGAUGUCAACGGUAUCCUGCGUGUCACAGCGGAGGACAAAGGCACUGGCAACAAAAACAAAAUCACCAUCACAAAUGACCAGAAUCGCCUGACACCGGAGGACAUUGAGCGCAUGGUCAACGACGCUGAGCGCUUUGCUGAUGAGGACAAGAAGCUGAAGGAGAGGAUCGAUGCCCGCAAUGAGCUGGAGAGUUAUGCCUACUCUCUGAAAAACCAGAUUGGUGACAAAGAGAAGCUUGGCGGGAAGCUGUCAGAUGAGGACAAGGAAGCCAUUGAGAAGGCAGUGGAGGAGAAGAUUGAAUGGAUGGAGUCCCAUCAAGAAGCUGAACUGGAAGACUUCCAGGCUAAGAAGAAGGAGCUGGAGGAGGUCGUUCAACCCAUCAUCACCAAGCUUUACGGUAGUGCAGGAGGACCACCAGAGGGUGCCGAAACUGAGCAAGAAGAAAAGGAUGAGUUGUAGAGAACGUGUAAACGGUGACAUUAGGAUGUGUAUAUAUUGAACUAAUGGACUCAUACUGAGAGGAAUGGUCAGAGAAAGAUGGCGUUAACAAGCAACCAUACUGAAAGACUUGGAACUCAAGUUUCUGUGCAGAAGGUGUUCUCUUCGCUGAAAGGUGGAGAUAUUGGUCAGCCUGAAUUUAGAGGCUCGCUGCUGUUCUCAGGCAGUCCUGAUGGGGGAGUGGGGAGGGGUGGGAGGGAGUGU